CUAAGGACACCUCAAAAAAACUAAAAACGAAAGUAAAGCUUGUGCAGUUGUGCUGUAUCUGGGUACAGUUUAAGUACAGACCAAUCCUCAUAUUCAUUCAAUUCAAUGGCUCUCUACUCCUUCUUCUCUCCCUCUCUUUUAUACCCUCCCUCACAUAUUCCCCGUCGACUUUUUUGUCCCAAGGCUUCCUUAAGCUCUUCCUCCCCUGAAUCCAAAGCAUCGCAGAGUGUUUCUUCUGCAACUUCCACCACCACUUCCCCUACCCCUUCGGUUGAGUCUAGGCCACCUGACCCCGCCUUCAACUAUGCACUCACCAACCCUAACGGCAACCCAAUCGUAAGGAUUGUUCGAGCCACCGAGUCUUCCAUUGAAAGGGUCAUUUUUGAUUUCCGCUUCUUGGCAUUACUUGCUGUUGGAGGGUCCUUGGCAGGGUCACUCUUGUGCUUUCUAAAUGGUUGUAUUUAUAUUAUUGAUGCAUACAAAGUCUAUUGGUCAAGCUGUGUCAAAGGAGUUCACACUGGACAAAUGGUUCUGCGGUUGGUUGAAGCAAUUGAUGUUUAUCUUGCUGGUACAGUUAUGUUGAUUUUUGGUAUGGGCUUAUAUGGAUUGUUCAUAAGCAAUGUACCUCCUGAUGUUCCACCUACCGUAGACCGUGCCCUUAAAGGAUCCUCUUUGUUUGGAAUGUUUGCUAUGAAGGAGAGGCCUAAAUGGAUGAAAAUAUGCUCGCUUGAUGAAUUGAAGACUAAGGUGGGACAUGUUAUUGUCAUGAUUCUCCUGGUAAAGAUGUUUGAGAGGAGCAAAAUGGUUACAAUUGUCACGGGAUUGGAUUUACUAUGUUAUUCAAUUUGUAUUUUUUUAUCAUCCGCAUCUUUGUAUAUCCUCCAUAACCUACAUAAGUCAGACUAGAAUGUAAAUGUUUUUGUAACUUGUAAUAUACUUAAUUCAUAGUUGUAAGUGCUUGUAAUCCAAAAAUUAAUGUGAAAUCAUGUGUUCAUUCAUCCAACAAAAAUAAAUGUGGUUAAUAUUUUGACUAAA